AUGUCGAAUCAUCACGAUUCAACGUCUCGGGAACCAUUGGCAAGGCUCACCGGUCAACCGCCAUUCAAGACCGGUAAAGUUCCAUCUGGUUUUGGUAACCGCAAGAAGAGCCAGAUGGAAAGGCAACAGGACUCCUGCAGCAGCCAACCGGACCAAACAACGCCAAAACGAGCCUCUGAUGACUCCACCAAGCCACACACCUCAAGCCUCAAGGAUUUUGUUAUGGAGUCAGAUGCCUCUCACACUCCAGAGGUGGUGAAUACUACACGACGAGUCCCAAAGCCAACGACUCCACGAGACGAAUCCAAGCUGAAAACCCCUGUUGAGCCACCGAAGAUGCCAGAUCGAGACAGUGUGGAUUUCCAGACGCCAGAUCGUCAAACUGAAACAGUGGCAAAUUCAUCCGGAUUUUCGAAAGAACAGAAGAAGAUUCCGGACCCCCCAACUUCUCCCCGAAGAUCACGUUCACCGUCGGAAGACACGGAAAGUAGUGUUCAGUGGAUUCCAACGACAUCUGUUGCUCCAGCACCGGCAGCCAAAUUUAUUUUAUUUUAUUAA